ACGGAGGGCGGGGUCGCAACCUCAUCAACACCAACACCAUCAACAGACGGACCAGACAAGAGCAUUUUCCCAGGAUAAGACCCUUUCAUUUUCUUUUGCACUGCGCACGUCUCGGUCCUGUAGACUCCUCGUCGCCUUUCAGAUGUACAGAGCUUUCUCUCUGAGCCAGCGGCAGAGGAGCAAAGAGGACCAGGGAGCAAGCUAUUUAGACUUCUCCUUUUCAUAGAGCGACGAUAGCCAGAAGAAAAAGGCUUCGGUUGGCUGCUGCACGAUAGCAUGCUGGGAAGCAGGCCGGUGGCGGCGACGUUGAUGGGCUCCGUGCCGCCGUCUUCGCCACCAAUCGCAUACCCUAUUGCGUCGCCCGGGCAGCUGGGCGAUGCGGCGUGUCCAAUAAUAAUCGAGCCCGAUGAGGUGGACAUGGAGCUGCAGCACGGCCCAAACGAAGUCGAACCCAAGACGGGUCAUGUCGGUUUGGGGAUAGAAGAGACCCCUUCGCCUGCGCCCGCCCCAAAUAGCGAGGCAAACGAAAAGGAUGCUGGUGGCAAGGCUCGCAAUUCUGCCCUGGCGGUCGAACUUCCGCCACGAGAUGCUGGAAGAGGCUCCGCUUCGCCGACGACACCGCCGUUGCCCUCACUCAGUGUCGACAUGCCAACACCAGAGGUCUCGCCUACCUCCUCGAUCGGCACGGCGUCGACUUGCACGACAGCUCCUGUCUCGCCAGUCACCCCAACGAUGGCCAAUACUCCGAUGGUGACUGCCAACACUGCCACCGUCGCUGGCCAGUCACAGCCGCUGCGUCGUAACAGCCUCGCGAGUAAGAAGCUGACAGCGGGGCUGGCUCCACCGCCAAGUCUUGCGGGCCAGAAGCGGAGGAGGAGCGCUCCGUCUACCGUGUCCAUGUACGAGCAGCUCCUGUCGGGCUCGGGGGGCUCACUGCAAGGCAAGGCUUCGUCGGCGAAUCAAGCGGGUGCAAGUGGCAAGGACAUGUUUGCAGGUCCGAACAAACGCCUCAAGCGAUCGGUGCGCUUCAAGUCAGACGAAGACUUGGUCGAGACGAGGUUGUACGAGCUGCAGCCAGGCGAGGUUGAGGACAAGCGCAUUGCUGCGGGCAGCCGAGUGGAUGGACAACAAGACCCCGAGGAGCGUUGGAAGGCGCUCAAGAUUGAUAGGGAAAAGAAGGUGGACCGCGACAAGCUUCUCGAGGAAGAGCUCGAGGAUGAACGGUUGGAAAAGCAAGAGGAGGAAGAGGCGACCGUGGCGGCGGAAGAACAAGAAAAGUUCGAGCACGAGAUGAAGCGCGGUGUCGCGACCCGAUGUGGACAGAAGCAGACCAUACCGUGGUACCCGCCGCGGAAAGUCUGGCUGAGCGACGCGCAGCUAUUCAUGCUUGCUGAGCCUGGGUCUGAGUCGACGGACCGUGCUCUGGCGGAGGAGGCGGGGUUUCCCUCGUCCUUUCCCUCCUUGCCGGACAACGGAGACGAGAGCUUGGGUGAUGUCGUGGAGGAAGAGCCGACUGAGGCUCUCUCCACCGUAGACUUUCUUCCUAGCAAUCUUCGCAGGGACACCUAUACUCUAUUUGACCCUUUUGAGCCCUUCGGUCAGGAGGAGCUGCCGCCACCGCAACAACAGCAGCAGCAAGCCGAGCAUGACUUUCUGCAUCAAGUGCCUGCUCCCUAUCAACCAGAAGCUCAAGUGUGGCAACAGCAGGGCGGCAACGCGCUCCACUUUCCUCCGCCGGUCUAUCACACCACCGCUCAAAGACAGCAACAUGAAACGUACUAUCCCCAAUGGCCUAGUGUCGGGAACGAAUUUAGUCAAGUGUAUGACCACGCUGUGCCGAUGAGCCAACCAUGGCAAGGAUCGUCUGCAUACCAUGUCUCUGUGCAGCCUCCCCACUUUUUGCCUGCGCCGAAAGGUAUGCCUGGUCCAACUCCGAACCAGCAGCAAGGAGGCAGCAAAUGGCCAUCGACGGCCGCGCAGCAACGGUCGCCCCAGGCGUCAUACAGGCCUGUCGCUGCGGGGGGAUCGGUUCCAUCCUCGUCUGAGUCUUCCAGGCCUUGGUACCCAUCUGGACCUCCUCGGCCGCCAUCGACGUUGCAACCGUCGUCAAAGAAUACUUUUUCUGCAGCACCAAGGAAGACGGGAUCAAAUAAAGCGGAUCUUGGUGCUCAGAACAGAUUUACGAUGCGACAGCAACAGCAUAAUAAUUCCCAGCAGCACUCAACAUACCAGCCUCAGCAGCGACCGAUGCCGCGGCCACUCGCGCCCGCAAGCUCAGCAAGCCACGCACAGCGGCCUGGGCAGGGUGCCGGCAAAAGAGUCGGCAAGAAAAAGUCCGACAAGAUCUGUUUCUUUUUCAAUGGUCCCAAGGGCUGCAUCAAGGACGAUUGCCCCUUUCGGCACGAGCGCCAUUGAACGCACGCACGCUCACUCAUUCAAUCAUUCAAACACUCAUUCUCCGACGCAUAUUCAUCGUGCCUCGUCUCUUCAUCUGUACAGUACAAUACCUGUGAUUCCCUCAUCAUCUUACCGUAAAGCACAAAUCACACACGAGUAGCCCCUCUUGCUUUCGAC